GAUUCUUUAUAGUGCACUUCAUAGUGUGUAGUAGCGCUUAGAGUAAUUCAUACCUGAUGUAUAGUAGUGCACUUUUAUAGGAAAUAGGGAGCUAUUUGGGAUUCAGCCUGUAACAUACAUAGAUAUAUACUGUAUAUCCGCAGGGGUAGUCAGUUUGCAAGUCAAGAAGUUUAAGUUGACAUUCCAGGUGAAGUAUUUUAACCGUUAACGGAUCAAAUGGAUUUUCCAAAACUGCCACCUCAUGAUGGGCCCGUUUUGUCUGUGGUCGACAUGCACACUGGAGGAGAACCUUUACGCGUCAUCGUAAGUGGGUACCCCACUGUGAGCGGGGACACUGUGCUCGCCAAGCGGCGGUAUGUACGAGACCAUCUCGAUCAUCUUCGCAAAGUGCUAAUGUUCGAGCCCCGUGGCCACUAUGAUAUGUACGGAGCCUUAUUAGUCGAAAGCGAGAUACCAGAAGCAGAUCUUGGGGUUCUGUUUAUGCACAAUGAGGGUUACAGCACCAUGUGUGGCCAUGCUGUCAUUGCUCUUGGCCGUUUUGCUAUAGACUACGGUUUGGUAAAGACUCCAUCUUCUCCCGAGACCCAAAUAAACAUCCACUGUCCAUGCGGCCUGGUGAAGGCUUUUGUGGAAUAUAACUACGGUAAAACAGGAGCAGUGAGGUUCCACAGCGUCCCAGCUUUUGCUUUCGCCACAGAUGUGAAAGUCACUGUUCCAGGAUAUGGUGAAAUCACAGUGGACAUAAGCUAUGGCGGAGCGCUCUAUGCUUUCGUGAAUGCUGAAAUAUUUGGACUGGAUGUCAAUAAGUCCAGAACCAGAGAUUUGGUUGAUGCAGCCACUGCUGUUACUAAUGCAGUCAAAUCUCAGGUGAAGCUCCACCAUCCUGUUAGUGAAGAUCUGGCUUUCCUAUAUGGCACCAUCCUCACGGAUGGUAAAGAUGAUUUCUCUGAUGAGCCUACAGCCAAUGUGUGUGUGUUUGCUGAUGCCCAGGUGGACAGGAGCCCCACUGGUUCUGGUGUAACUGCUCGCAUUGCUCUGCAGUACCACAAAGGUCUGAUCCAGCUGCACAAGACCAGGAGCUUCAGGAGUGGAACCACAGGAACUAUAUUUACAGGCAAGGCAGUACAGGAGACAACAUGUGGGGAGUUCAGUGCAGUGGUGGUGGAGGUUGCAGGUCAUGCUUACUACAGUGGCGUGGCCAGUUUCACUCUGGAGAAUGAGGAUGCCCUGAAGAAUGGCUUCCUCCUCCGAUGAGUCUGCCUAAAUGCUAAAGCAGAGAUCUAACAAGCUGGAAUAAGUAAAAAAUCUGUGUCCUUUUGUUAUCAUGUCAGUGAUUUCCAUGUUUCAUCAAGGAUCAUAACUGCUGGGAUGCACAUGCUAGCUCUGUUUCAUAUUUCCUUUGUCAGAAGAUGGCAAUUACAUUUUGUAACAAUUAAAUCAUGUGCACAAGUUGGACAGAACAAGGCCCACUAACUCGUUACACAUUUAUAAUUUUGCAACUCUUAAUUAGUUCCUGUAUCCACUGUUUCCCUGUUUGUGGAGAUAUUUAUUAGUCAGCAGGUUUUCUGCCACAGGAGUCUUCAUAACAGAGGAAGUUUCCAUUUUGCACUUUCUCAGUAAUGUGACAAGCAGAUUUUUUUUUGUCUCAUUGACUUUAUGAAAGAGAAAAAACAAAGGUUGGUGAUAUUUAUAUGUGCUAUAACAUACACUAUAUGGCCAAAAGUUUGUGCACACCUGACCAUCACCCCCAUAUGUGCUUUUGAACAUCCCAGUCAAGAUUUAGUCCCCUCUUUGCUUUCAUAAUAACCUCCUCUCUUCUGGGAAGACUUUCCACUAGAUUUUGGAGUGUGGCAUUGGGGUUGCACCCAUUCAGCCACAAUAGCAUUAGUGAGGUCAGGCACUGAUAUCAGACGAGAAGGUCUGGGGUGCAGUCUGCGUUCCAGUUCACCCCAAAGGUGUUCAGUGGGGUUGAGGUCAGGGCUCUGUGCAGGCCACUCUUCCACACCAGCCUUGGUAAACCAUGUCUUCAUGGACCUCACUGUGCACAGGGGCAUUGACAUGCUGAAACAUGUUUGGGCCCCUUAGUUCCACUGAAGGGAAAUUGUAAUGCUACAGCAUACAGAGACAAUCUAGACAUUUGUGUGUUUCAAACUUUGUGGCAACAAUUUGGGGAAGAACCACAUAUGUGUGAUGGUCAGAUGUCCACAAACUUUUGGCCAUAUAGUGUCAGUGAUGUUGGCUGUGGUAUAAACGAUAUAAAACAGGACAUGCUGUUAUUGGCUUUGGGUCAGGCACAUCACACCACCCCAGUGUUGAUUACUUUCCUAUGACAGUAUGCCACGUCGUGGCUAGUUUCUUACAUAAACACAUUUUUGUCAUUGAAAAUCUGUCGGUUCUAAUGGAUUUUAGUCUUUGACAGUUCACACAUUAUUCAUUGAAGUAUGUAAAAUUCCUAAAUGGAGUUUUGUUCUCUUUUUAACAGGUACAUCUUUUGACCACUAGGUUGUAAUGUUUACCUAGAG